AGGACUUAAUAAUUGUUCCGCUCACUGGCCUUUUUCUUGCGCCAGUCCACAACGAAUAAAAACUUGGGAUCCUCGGCGUCUCUCCAUUUGGUGUGGCACAUCUGAUACUUUUCCUUGCCUUUUCGACGGAAAGAGACCCUAAAACCUUAGAUCGAUCUGGCCAUGGACGAGCAGGAAUCAAAGAACGGCGAGGCGCCGGAGAUCACCGACGGGAAGCCGGUGGAGGAAGCCGAUGUCGGGACGAAGGCGGAGAGUUCGGUCCCGUCCGGUAAGUCCGAGAAGAAUAUUGACGGAGCGGGAAGCCGAACUUUUACAAUGAGGGAGCUGUUGAACGAGUUGAAGACUGAGGAGGCGGGAGCUGGGAAAGAGGUGAUUGCGGAAAGCGCCAGCGGCGGGGAAGAAGUUCGGAGGGUUAGCACCGCAGCCUCCGAUGGGAGCCGUAGGGAUGUUGGAUCUUCUUUCAGUCAGGAAAGCUUUCCACAGCACUCGGUUACCGAGAAUGAUGUUUCCAUGGAGCUGAUCCACAAGGUUUCUGGAACAGAUGAUGAAGGCCGAUCUCGGCAGAAAAUCCUGGUUUUCUCGGCUAAAAGGUAUGCUGAAGCAAUAGAAAAAAAUCCUAAUGAUCAUGAUGCUUAUUACAACUGGGCUCUUGUUCUUCAGGAGAGUGCAGACAUUGUUGCUCCAGAAUCGACAGAUCCUUCAAAAGAUUCAUUACUUGAGGAAGCCUGUAAAAAAUAUGAACAGGCUACACAACUAUGUCCUACCCUUCAUGAUGCAUUUUACAAUUGGGCUAUUGCUAUCUCUGACCGAGCGAAAAUACGAGGUCGAACUUUAGAGGCUGAAGAGCUAUGGAAACAGGCUACAAAAAAUUAUGAAAAGGCUGUUCAGCUUAACUGGAACAGUCCUCAGGCCCUUAACAAUUGGGGUCUUGCCCUACAGGAACUUAGUGCUAUAGUUCCUAUUCGGGAGAAGCAGAACAUUGUGCGGAUGGCUAUAAGCAAGUUUCGCGCCUCCAUCCGUCUUCAGUUUGAUUUUCAUAGGGCAAUUUAUAAUCUCGGGACGGUCCUGUAUGGCUUAGCAGAGGACACAGUAAGACCCGGAAGGCUAGUUAACCAUAAAGAAGUCUCUCCUAAGGAACUUUACAGUCAAUCUGCUAUUUAUAUUGCAGCUGCUUAUGCUUUAAAGCCUAAUUAUUCGGUCUAUCGUAGUGCCUUGAAGUUAGUUCACCCAAAGAUACCGAUACCCUUCCUUAAAGUGGGACAUUUGACAGCACCACCUGCCAGAAAUCCAAUGGCACCACAUGCAGAUUGGGAAAGAUCUCAGUUUGUUUUAAAUCAUGAGGGACUCCAACAGGUCAGUAAAUAUGGCCAGGAAUCAGAACAAAGUUCUUAUGGCAGUUUUCAAGGAUCCGGGCAUGGUGAUAAAUCGCUAAUUAAAGUUGAUAUCCCAGACAUUCUGUGUGUGUCAGCUUGUGCGGACCUGACGCUACCCCCUGGCGCAGGACUUUGUAUAGACACCGUUCAAGGGCCUGUUUACUUGGCGGCGGACACGUGGGACUCUCUGGACGGAUGGCUAGAUGCAAUUCGCCUUGUCUACACCAUAUAUGCGAGAGGAAGGAGCGAUGUUCUUGCUGGCAUAAUUGCUGAUUGAUUCAUUCUGAGGUUCCCUUCUACACAACUCUGUUUUAUUUAUUUAUAUGUUCGUGAUUUAAUAUUUUAUUUUAUAUAAAAUCAGCUUCUAACACUCUAAAACGAACUUCUGAAAGUUAAGGAGUCUUAGGGCUCCUUUGCUUGCUGAAAGUAGAAAAUGCAUUGAAAAUUAUUUUAUUUCGUGAUUUUAUUGUUUGGUUGGAUGUAAUUAGUUGUGAUUUUGAAACUUUAGAACAAACUUUCAAGAUUUUUUUAUAAGCUAUGAUUUUUUU